AUGUCGACUAUGACCGCCUCGACGCUCACGACUACCACUCUUGUUGGAAUACCAUCUGCGAUGAAGAAUGUUACGACCUUGUCCGAGAAACAGUGUCCUACGUGUGGGGGGAACGGCGCGGUGGAGUCGCAUCGUCGGAUCCAGGAGUUGGAAGGGCAGGUACAGGCCUUGACUGAGCGCGCAGCUGUGACAGCCAACAAGCUCGCCGACUACGAAGAUGAACUGCGUCGUUUGCGCUCAGCCCAGUCCGCCCACGAGAGAUCACAGAGUAACUCCUCCCGACCCUCAUCCUCAUCCCACACCGCAAAGACCCUGUCCUCGACCCAGGCCGCAGCAUCGUCCGAUGCGACAUCACAAGCCUCGCAGCAAACUCACGGCCGCCUGUCAACCCUGACCUCCCUCCUCCCCUACCGACGCGGUAGUGCCGCUCCUCCUAAUAGCAGCGCCUCCGCCCCUGCUCCAACCACUCCCACAACACUCAUCACCCCGCUCCAGCACCAAGCAUCCCCAGCUAGCAGCGACAACGCCUCCGAACUCCAGGACGCGCUGACCCGCGAGCAGAGUCUUCGCAAGGCUGCUGAGUCUCAACUCUCUCAGGCGAGCACGGAGCUGGAAGAGCUCACCGUGCAACUGUUCAGCCAGGCGAACGAGAUGGUCGCCCAGGAGCGCAAGGCGCGCGCGAGGCUGGAGGAACGAGUCGCGGUGUUGGAACGCCGGGAUAUCGAGAAGAGGAAUCGACUGGAGAAGUUGGAGAAGGCGAUGGCGCGUGUUGAACGGCUGAAGGCUUUGGUUAAUGUAUAG